ACUUACUUGACGCUAGCCCAGCAUGCUCGAUUUCAGUCCUGAAGAGAAUAAAGUGUGCAGUGCCCUUGUAACCUGUCAGAAAUCAGAGGUGGUACAGUCGGUUCCGGAGCACCAGUAGAGGAGAGAGGGUAGGAGUGUCCGGCUUAGAGUGUCACAAUUCAGGGACGUCAGGAAGCUUGCCCCCGCCUCCCAUUAAUGAUCCCCGGCAUGUGGAACUGCGUUCUCCUUGAAUGACCUACACACAACCUAUUGCACGAGUCCUGGACGUCGUUUCAUCUCAGUUGAACCACCUGCCGGAGAGGAGCUGCAGCGGGCGGUCUACACAGCGGGCAACAAGUCGAAGCGAGUCUCUGGCAGGCCUCGAGCCGACUGUGGAGCAGCUGACCUGGACAACAAUCAUUUCGGGGCAGCCUCAGAAGGACCGGACAAGAGCUAGAAGUUUCAGAGUCAGCGUUCAAUGCUUGAGGCUGACAAUUAAGGAGAAGGGGCAGUGCAGAAUUUCUCGAGGGUUUCGGCGUUCACAUGAUGUACACAAUCACCAGAGGUCCCAGCAAACUCGUUACACAACGGAGGACAGGUAACACUCAGCAGGUCGAGAGCAAGUUCGGCGACUUGAAACUGAAGCCGACGUCCUGGCUCACGUCAAACUCUCCUCCUCCAAAGAUCGUGUUCAAUCGCCUCAACGGGAAACGGUACCACAGUGCGGCCGCACAGAAGACUGAAAGCCCAGUGGAGGGAUUCACUCCUGCACACGAGGAGAAUGUCCGAUUUGUAUACGAAGUGUGGCAGGAGGUGGAGCAGAAGCUGGAGGACGGUGGCAGUGGGGGGCCGGCUGACAGCCAAGGGCCAGUUCAGUACUCCGAGAAGACCCCGAGUGCUGCGAUGAAGAACUUUGUGCCCAUAGACCUGGAGGAGUGGUGGGCUCAGCGCUUCCUUGCUAACAUUGCCAACCUCUCAUGACUGUGAUGAGGCAUCGAGCCGGGACGAGGAGAUGCACCGCGCUGAUGCAUCCGGAACUUGCCACACGGGUGGAAAGGAGGCGAGCCCGUCUCCGGGAUCUGUAGCGUUGUGUCUAAUUUGGAAUGUGAUUUGAUGCCUCGUGCUUCACAAC